ACAGUGACACAUUGAUAUUGAUAGAUGUCAAUUAGACAGUCAAUAUAAUGAGUCAUUUUUAAUUUAGUUUUGAAUUUGAGUUUAUACAUAAAAAUGGAGUGGCUUUUUGGAAAGAAAGUUACACCUGAAGAGCUUUUACGCAAAAACCAAAGAGCCCUUAACAAGGCAAUGAGAGAUUUAGACAGAGAAAGGCAGAAAAUGGAACAACAAGAAAAGAAAAUAAUUAAUGAUAUUAAAAAGCUAGCCAAAGAAGGACAAAUGGAUGCCGUAAAAAUUAUGGCAAGAGAUUUGGUUAGAACUAGAAGAUAUGUUAAAAAAUUCAUGCUUAUGAAAGCGAACAUUCAAGCAGUUUCCCUCAAAAUACAAACUCUUCGAUCUCAAAACGCUAUGGCACAAGCCAUGAAAGGUGUUACUAAAGCUAUGGCAAGCAUGAAUCGCCAGCUGAAUUUGCCUCAGAUUCAAAGAAUAUUACAAGAAUUUGAAAAACAGUCGGAAAUCAUGGACAUGAAGGAAGAAGUCAUGAACGAUGCUAUUGAUGACGCAAUGGAAGGCGAUGAUGACGAAGAAGAAAGUGACGCUGUUGUUAACCAAGUCCUAGACGAACUGGGUCUUCAACUCACGGACACUCUGUCUGGCUUGCCCCAAACUGGAGGCGCCUUACCUACUGGUCAGAAACAGCCCGUAGCAGCUGCAGCUGCAUCUGGUGGAAAUGGAGGAGGAUUAUCAGAUGCCGACGCUGAUCUUCAAGCUAGGUUAGAUAAUUUGAGAAGGGAAUGAAUUAGGUAUCUCUUUAUCUGCUAAGAAAAGGUUUCUCUAAGAAAAUGAAGGCCUCACAGACGAAAGUGUAGUUUGAUCAUAGUUGGUUUAUUUGGGAAAUCAAACCAGUCCGAUUACCGUCAAAGAGAGAUACAUGCUCCAAGGAAAUAAUUUGAGACAUUUACCACUCCCAAUGCUCCUACACAGUGAAAUCUGGUAAAUGCCUGCUGAAAAACAACUACUUCCCUGCUUAAUCCAAUGUUCAUCAUGGCAUCUAGGAAAGUAGUUUACACCAGACAUUUGCCAGGCCCUGUGUGACCGCUAGGAGAGGAGAAUGUGGCGAGUUUUCAUGUGAAUUUUUAUUAAUUUUCUUGGAACAUGUAAUAAAAUUGAACAAGCUAACAAGGAAGAAAUAGUAUUCACAUUAUUCGAAUAUUAAAAAAUAGUUUUCAGCUUCAACUAUUAAAAAAUAGUUUUCAGCUUUAAAAUAUAUUUUCGACAGCUUUAAUUUACUCACUUAGGAGGAUAAAAUAACACAUUUGGUAGUACAAAUCGACUUGCUGAGUAGUUAACAUUCUCAAAUGUAGUCACUAAUAACAUGCUUCCACAGUCCAAAUAACUAAUUACUUACACUGUGGUUCAGUGAAGUUUUCUUCAAUUAAUGUUUUUUUUUCUCUAUCAGAAUAACAUUGAGAUAUAAUAGCUACACCGAUCUUUUCAUUUUCUUAGAUGUAACUAAUGUGCUUGAAAAAAUAAUAUGAUUCGUAAGUAGUAUUAAAUAUUGUUGAAGUACUUGUUAUAUUUCACUAUUAUUUACUAUUUUUAUAAUAUAUUAUAUAAUUUUUUCGACUGUUUUGGCACAAUUUACCUCUGUUCCUAACCCAAACGUCUUAAUUAUAAAAAAAAAUGACUGCUGAA